GCCUUAGCAUCAGUACACUCGUCCAAGGUUAGAUGCGCAUAGAAGACAUGAUAACAACUGGCACAUUGCGAUGUUAAAAUCACUUAAAUCUUAUUAGCCUAUGGUGAUCAGAGUCCUGUCAAGAAAAUGUUACAUGCUCCAACAAUGAAACUCUAUGUUGUAAAAGAAGUAAUUCUUCACUUUGACAUUUAGGAACCAUUGCACAACAAGGAAAUUCGUAAAAACUUAAAGGACUGGAUCUCCUUUUGGUAGAACAAAUUCGCCAAUUCAAAUUUGCAUGUCCAAGUAUACGCUACCUUUUGGAAUACACCUGAAGGUUACGUGUCUAUCGUCAUGGAAUACAUGAAUGGUGGUUCAUUAUAAGUGAAUAUUAAUUCUCAUUUUAGAAUCUUCUUGAGAGCAUGGGUUUCCUCCCAGAGAGAAGUAUCAAAUAGCUAGUACCACCUAUCCUCUAAGGAUUACAAAAAAUUCAUUAACAAGGAGCCUAAUGUCAUGGUGCCCUUGGACCGUCACAAAUUUUAUUCCUUAGGGAUGGCACUGUUAAAUUAGGGCAAGGUUUGCAAUACAGAGUUUAAGUCCAAGGAAAUUAAUUAUUCAAUUCCUACAUUCUUGGUAAACCCAAAGAUGUUCAAAGGUAUUUUAUUCAACCAAUUAGUCUUUAUGAUCCAACGAUCCUAGAAACCCCAUCGUUAUGGAGCAAGGCUUCAAGUGAAAAGGUUCAUUUCCCUGCUCAAGAAGAUUUCAUUUUGGAGAGAGCCAAUGACAUUUGGAAAUUAGGUUGGCUGGUUUUAAAUUGUGCUAUUGGAACUCUAGAGUUCCAUCCCAAAGCCUAAUAGAUUUAUGAGGGCUCAAGAAUCAUCAUUGAGGAAAUUGCUAAAUAUACCGAUCAUCUCAAAGACACUUGCUGUCUCCUCCACAGUGAAGCCAAAGUCAUUUCAUUAGUUGAAUAGAAUCAAAAGACAGCAUCUGAACCUACCAAAAUAACUAUACUAGAAUUACUCCCAUCUGAUAAAUUUAGCCCUGAAUUUAUUCAAUUUUUAUGUUCAACACUUAAAAUAGAUCCAAGACAAAGGGUAUACACUGAAUAAUUAUUGCAACAUCCCUGGCUAGUAAGUGGUAGAGAUCCUAAAGGUAGGCUUCACAUUUUAUUCUAAUAGGACCCAAUGUACAACUAAAGGAACUGCUUAAUAUAUCAAAUGCUUGGAAUGCAUUUCUGCCGGAAGAAUUUUAAGGUUAAGGAGCCCAAAAAUUGGAAAGACUUUGUGAUGCUCUCUAUUUGGUCUUGUAAAACUCAGAAAGACCAACAGUCAAUAAGUAUCCAAUCGAUUUAUAUUAUCUAGGAUGUAAUUACAAGAAAACAGUCCAAUAAUAAAAGAACUAUCUUAUGAUAUGGGUCUAAAUGCCAAAGCUGUAAGUGAUCGAAUUAUGUCAAUUUUCCAAUCCUUAAUCUGAUCUGGC